UCGCGAUCGGGAUGAAAACAAGCCGUGUCAGUUAGCGUGCGUUUCUCUUGUCAGCCUCAUCAUGGCCGGUGCUCAAACGGAUGUGUUCGAUUCCAACUGCAUGACGCUUACGCGUUUUGUGUUGGCCAAACAGAAGAGUGUUCCGCAUGCCUCCGGGGAUCUCACGCAGCUUUUGACCAGCAUCCAAACAGCCGUAAAGGCCGUCAGCUCUGCCGUGCGUAAGGCCGGCAUUGCACACUUGCAUGGAUUUGCCGGCUCUACAAAUGUACAAGGUGAAGAAGUUAAAAAACUGGACAUUUUGUCCAAUGAGCUGUUUAUCAAUAUGAUAGAAUCAUCUUUCACAUCCUGUUUGCUAGUCAGUGAAGAAAAUCCAACAGCAAUCGAGGUUGAGAUGGAUAAAAGAGGAAAAUACAUCGUUUGCUUUGAUCCCUUGGAUGGUUCCUCAAACAUUGAUUGUUUAGUGUCAAUUGGUUCUAUUUUUGCAAUUUACAAGUCAGAAACUCCUAAAGAGAAGGUAACAGAGAAAGACGCUUUGGUUAGAGGGAACCAAAUUGUAGCAGCUGGUUAUGCACUCUAUGGUAGUGCCACAAUGAUGGUUUUAGCACUAGGGGCUGGUAGUGGAGUCAAUGGUUUCAUGUUAGACCCGGCUAUUGGCGAGUUCAUUCUAACAGACCCCAAUAUUCGGAUACCCAAGAGAGGAAAAAUAUACAGUAUUAAUGAAGGUUAUUCAUAUUUGUGGGACCCACCGAUUGCAGAAUAUAUCCGGCGAAAAAAGGACCCCAAGCAUGGUAAACCUUACGGAGCGAGGUAUGUAGGAUCGAUGGUUGCUGAUGUCCAUAGAACUCUGAAGUACGGAGGAAUUUUCAUGUACCCAGCAACCAAGGAUGCUCCGAACGGCAAGUUGAGACUGAUGUAUGAGGGUAACCCGAUGGCCUACGUUCUGCAUGAGGCAGGAGGAAUAGCUUCCAACGGGGACAUUGACAUUCUUGAUAUUCAACCAACAUCCAUUCAUCAACGAACCCCUGUCUUCUUGGGCUCCAAAGAAGAUGUCACAGAGUUGUUACAAUUAAUCAAAAGUUUUAUUUUAUAGUUCCUGUUCAAAAUUAGUCGUUAAAGCCAAAGAAAAUGCAAGUUUGCAUGUAAUUUAUUGAAAAUAAAAUAAUUUAUACUCUUUCGUAAA